AUGUCAUCUCCGAAGGAUUAUGUUUUAGAGGUACUGCCUUCGUCAGAUCGUGACAAUUUAAUAAAAUUCACGGUAAAGCAUAAGCCAAAUCGCUUUUUUAAGUACUUAAAAACAUCGAUUUUGGUUGGGUUGGGAAGCGUGUUGGCUAGCUUUUGCUUCUGUUUAAUUAGUAAUAAUGACAUAAUAAUUAAGAGGCUCAAUAGCAAUAGUAUGCCGCUAAUUCAGAAUAACCAAACGUUUUCUCCAGCGAUUGUCAAGCUUUUUCAAGACUACAUAGACUACAUAGACUCCAAUGAUUCAAAAACAAACAGUUUCUUGUUGAAUGGUGUUAUUGUCACGAUACUAGUCUUUCUGAUGGUUCUUGUGUAUAGUAAACAAGAAAAAGAGGACAGCAUAUUGAUUAUGAACGACGUUGGAAUCCAGCUCAAUUCGCAAUCGGGAUGGAAAUUCUCGCUCAACGGCAACAAAAGCCAUUUCAUCCCAAUCAGUAACAUUAUCGACUUGGUUAUUCAUGAAGGGUUCCAUGGAUACGGACAGGUCGUGUUCUAUAUGUGCGUGCUAACAAAAACCAAAAGCACGAACUCCGACAACAUAAGCGGACUCACCUUGAAUAAUGAUAAGAUGAUCAAAAUCGUAUUUCCUCAGUUUCUUCCAAGAAAAGACAUCCUCAUGAAAGUAUGGAAAGAUAGCAGACGUGUGCUUUUUGGUGAAUCAAAGAGAUAUUGGAGGCGAGUCCCAGGUCAAGGUUUAAAAUAA